ACAUGGCGGGGAUCCUGCAAAAGUCAGUGUAGACUGUACUCGGAGCAUUUUAGUUCAAGUAGAAAGAGGAGUCAAGGAAGGUAGACAUCAGCUUCUCUCAGUAGACUUUUCGUCUUAAUAUACGUGCUGGAGCUCACAUUUUUGUCUAAGAUGCCUUGUAAUGUGAAUGUAUAGACUUGAGAACGUGUCCGGCUGGGAGUGUAGUGGAUUGUGAAGCUUUGCUGGUUGUCGUUAACAUUGUCCCGAAGCGGAGCAGUUUUCUAUGAACAUGAUUUGUGCUUUUCUACGAGCUGUACAGUACGCAGAGAAGCUGCACAGGCCCUCGGGCAGGCGAUUAUUUUCGCCACACUUUGUGCUUAACACGGCUUGCUUGAAGACUGAGUCCAGUUUGAGAUGGGUGGUUCAAGAGCAGAAGAAAACGGUGCGUCCUGGACGUAUUCUUGGAGUCACCCAGAAAAACUUCUGGACGCAGGGAUCGAGCCCCUGGAGAACAAAGGAGGAUAGUAGCAACCAAGUGUCUGUGCACAGAAGUCAGAGAGCGGAUACUGCUGUCUCAACGUCACAGAAAGUGAAGGAAGCUGGAAGAGAUUUUACCUAUUUAAUCGUGGUGCUUUUUGGAAUCAGCGUUACAGGUGGUUUGCUUUACACUGUUUUCAAAGAACUUUUUUCUUCCUUCAGUCCUAAUAAGAUAUAUGGGAAAGCCUUAGAAAAAUGCAGAACACAUCCUGAGGUGAUUAGUGUCUUUGGGGAGCCUGUUAAAGGCUACGGGGAGAUGACAAGGCGAGGCCGGAGACAGCACGUCAGUUUCAUCGACUAUGUAAAAGAUGGGCUGAAACACAAACGUGUGAAGUUCUACAUCGAGGGCUCUGAGCCAGGGAAGCUGGGGACGGUGCACGUGGAAGUGAAGGAGAACCCAGAAAGUGGCCAAUGUGAUUUUCGAUAUAUAUUUGUAGAAGUUGAAUCCUACCCUAGAAGAACUAUUGUCAUUGAAGAUAAUCGAUUCCAAGAAAAUUAAGAAAAGCAAUCAUGCUGUUUCCAGAUGGAUGUGGACUGGUGCCAACUCACUGCUCUGCUCUUCCCAGCUGUCUUCCAGAAGCUGGUCAAAAGAAUAAGACGGAAAGAGUGCACAGCUUAUAAAAGCGAAUGUAAUAGAGUAUUUGUUGAAUUUAGACAACCUAGAGAUUUUCUUAUGAAAAAAUGUGAAAUCAAGCAUAUUUUAUCUCAUUGAAUUGUUAAUCAUGGUGACAUUUAUGCUCUAUUUAGCAUCUUUCAUGAUGAGAAAUUUUUGUUACUAGAAAUUUUACAUCAUGUAAAUAAAAUAGAUUUUAG